GCUUCCGAGGUUACGCACGUCACAACAGCGCGGCAGUUUUUUGAAAAUUUGUGUCGCAUUUAGUAAAAUAUAAAGUAACAAGCAUUUUUAAAACAGCAAGUAAAAGUCAAAGCGAUGAAUGACCAGACAGAACAAGGUGUCCUGAGUCAUUUGAUGGCUCUGGAGAGGGGAGGUUUGGCACAGCAGGACCAACAUCAGUCUGAAAGAUUAGAAAUGCUUAAAGUCACAGCUGUUGCCCUCCGUACCAAAAGAGAUGAGCUCAAGCAUCAGGUUCAUGACAUCAAGAUUCUGCGAGAUAAAAUGAAAAACGAUCUUCCUUUGGAUGACAGUUCUGAUGGUUCUGUAGAGGUACAGAGGUCUUUGUUAAACUCUUGGCGAAUGCAGUUAAAAGACCUUCAGCUUGCCCAUCACUUAAUUGGUGGUUAUGAUCUGGUUGAAUGUAAAGAUGGAAGAAGCAUUUGUGUGAGUUUUCACACAGGAUUUGAGGGUGUGUACUUGGACACGUAUAACAUGGAGUUGGAUGUGAGUCGUACCGUGCACAUCUCUCGCCAUAACGUCCCCCCUUCAAUCCCACUCGAGAGACUCGUCAAACAGAACCUGCAGACAGACCUCAAAGCUUUUCUGCAAACGCUUAGCCAGUAUCUCAACGCUUUAGCCGCUCGCAGACAGCAGAUCUCCCUUAUCAAGGAGCUGGUUGGUUCUGUGGAGAUCAUGGAGAGCAAUCAGUUGUGUAACAUCCUAGUACUGAUGUGUAAAGCUCAAGGCGAGACGUGUGUGGCUGUUUUGUGCACGCUGGAGUACAGAGAUCUCACACAUUAUCUCCCAACACAUGUCUGCAUUGAGAGUGAAGACAAAACACUGUCAGAAUCUGAGCAGUGGCAGGAUAACCGGAUGCUGUUCCUGGAGUCUCCAGCACACACUGCUCUAUUGACAAUGAAAAGGAUGGAGAGCAUUGUUUAAAUGAACACAAUAAUGGACCUCUAAGAGCUCUUUUAACAGGGAGGUGUUAUGGGGAUGCCACAGAUUUGUAUUCUGUUAAGUUUACAGUGCAUAGAUGUCAACUUUUUUUUUUUACAAAAAAACCCAUAACAUUUUGUAAUUAAGUAAUGCCAUUUGACUGGUAUACAUUUUUAAAUGUGCUCUAUAGUGUCCAGAAAACACUUGAUUUUCUGCCGUAGCUUUUCUCUCUGGAGUUGUUUAAGUGUUGCUAUGUACCAUCUGUAAUACUCUUCUUGUUGCAUGAGCUCUUUUUCGGAAAUGCUGUCAAUCAAAGCCAAGUCUUUCAGUUGCAGAAAUGAAAGCUGGCCACUUUUUGAAGCUUUGAGUUUCUCUGUCAUUAACAUUUGCAGAGAUGAAUCGCAUUGCUUUCCUGAAAUUAUUGCUGAUUUAGCAAACCUCUGUCCUUUAUCAUCUUCACCUCUUGCUGAAGUUAAGACUUUGAAAGUCGGAGCAGAUUUUGAGGUGCGACUCUCUUGUGGAUCGUCUUUUACCAUCCGGACCUCCAUAAUAUCCCUCAUAGUGUUGUUUACUGUGGCACGUGGCUCACACACCUUUAAAUGCAGCAAUCUUUUGUGUUCCUUCAAUACAAACUCUCGCUCUUGUUCCAGAAGUCUGAGGUUGAUUCUGUGUUUGGCGCUGAUGUUGUGUAGUUUCCACUGCAGCUGGAUGUCUUCUCUGUGGUUGCGCAGUUUUACGUCUAUUUGAAGGAAACACUUGGGUCUCUUGAGGCUUGGCUGGGUUGUCAUAUUGAGAUGUUAACCUUCAAACGAAUGCAAUUUGAACUCAGAUAAAGACAUUUCAAAUGUCUAGACAGUCUUGAAAUAUUUUACAAACAAACAAACACAUGGCCACACUUAUAUGUAUAUAGAUGUUAAACUUAAUAAAUAAGAAAAAUGUGAUGUACCUCAAACUGCUGCCUAUGGUUUGUUGUCUUGUAAGAGCAUUUAGUAAGAAUCUGCUGCUAUGACACUUAAACAUAUAAACAGUGUACUUAGUUUCUCAGGUUUCAGGGUAUUACAUUUCAUAGACAGUCACGUGAACACUAUUGUGGUAGAAAUAAGUGGGUAGCUAAAGAUUUACCUAUGAAG